AUGGCUGAUAGUUUGUCUUUGAAAGAAUCAGCUCUUGUUUAUUUAGAUAGAAGUGGUGGUUUGCGUAGACUGGCCGAAGACUGCAAACGAUUCAACGACCCCCAACAGAUUGAGGCCGUGUACAGGUUUUGUGUCAGUGUGAAUCCAUGUGAUGUGAUGGAGGUGGAUGCUGUAUUGGGUGAAUGUGUUCUACGGGAUCCUCUAAAAGCUACAGCGUUGUUUCAGUCUGUUUGCUUCCUGGCCAUUAGGACACUUUCACUUGUUGAAAAAAUACACACAGAGAACCAGGUGAACGUAAUCCUGAAGCUGACACACCUGCCUCCAUUCCCUGAGUACAUCCUGGACCUCUGUAGUUUUCCUCGUGGGUAUGGUCCCAUGAGGCCUGUCUCCAUGGAGGGUCUGGUCAUUGCCAUGACAAGGGUCACCAAAUAUACUCAGGGGGCCAGGUUCCUCUGCAUUAAUGAUGACUGUCCCUGCUCUACAGGGUUUCAUCACAUUCGGGUCCAUGCACCUGGAGCCACAGAAUCAGCCACCGUGAGGAACGACUUCAGUUGCAUGGUCUGCAGCUCCCCGCUGAAAGAGGAUGUGAAAUUUAGAGUACUGGGAGACAAACAGCUUGUGGAGCUUAUCCACGUCAAAGCACUGGAUGCUCUUAGUGCCCUUCAGCGAGGCGCCUUCAGGUACCAGUCCGUCACCCUGUUUCUCAGAGAUGAGCUGUGUAAAUCGAUGAGAAUCGGUCGACUCUACAAGGUGUUAGGUAUUCCUGCGCAUGUGCACCAGUGGCCAAGUAUUACCUGGAGUGUAGAGGCAAAUAACAUCCAACCUUGGGAGCCAGAGAGUCUCCAUAAAGUCAGUGGCCACUUCCAGGAUCUCUUGAAGGCCACAGUAGGUUUUCCGUGGAGGUUCUCUGCAAUCGUGGCUCACUGCUUCGGGUUGCAUGUGGCUCCUCAAGGCCUUUAUAAUACCUUAAAGCUGGGCCUUCUUCUCAGUUUGGUGCAGACUAGAGCAGGUUCAAAUGACACGUUUAACAACUUGGAUCUCCUAGUCGUCGCCACUGACACUCUCAUACUAGACAGACUAAUGACAUACAGCCUGGGCUUGGCGUGUCGUGGGGUCAGGCAUCAGGCCACAGGGGAGAUGUUUGCAUCUCUAUCCCGGGACGAACAUGGGGCAGGUACUGCUAACAUUCACGCUGGCUCUGCCCUGCUCGCCACUGGUGGUGUGUGCAUGUUGGGAGAUCUGGGCUGUUACAAAAAGGACAGACUGGAUGCUAUUCAGUCAGUCCUGGAGAGUAGCACGGUGUCCGUUUUUAUCCCAGGAAAGAAGUAUGGAGAGGAUGCUGAUCAGCAGUUAUCUUUCCCCGUUCAAUGCAGCUUCUGGGCCAUCACAGAUGCCUCUCGACGGUCGGGCAAGGCAGACUCUGCUGUACUGGGAACAGCAGAAUUGGGUCCAGUACCAAUCCAGGUGGCAGACACAUUUGGCCUGCUCAUUCAGUGCAGGGACUCGGGAGAGCAGGCCCUUCUUGCCCAGACUGUCCACACCCUCCAGCAGGCAGUACAGCCAGGAAAACGCCUCUACACAUCCAGCUGGGAGUUUUCUUCUCAAGACUACCAGGAGCUGAUAGCUUAUGCUCAGAGUCUUCAAGUGGAGCUCAGCCCCAGAGCAGAGAAAAUAAUCCACGGUUACUACAUGGCCAGCCGAAGAGUCCGAACACAGAGCCAGGGUGUCAAGAUGUCUGUGGCCUCAAUCAAACUACUGAUCUCUUUGGCCGAGGCUCACUGCAAGUUAUGUCUCAGAACCCGGGUGCUAGAGGAAGAUGCCGUGAUUGCAGUGCUCCUCUGUGAAAACUCAGUUACCCUAAAACACGGGGCCUCUGCUCUCAUUAUUCCACCGGACGCAGUGUUUCCUUGUGACCUGGGAGACACGGAUGGUUUGCACAUGAGGGACUUGACCCUAGAUGAGCUCCACCAGAAUAUCCUACGCUUCAUCUACACCUACGCACCAGGAGCAGACACAUACAUCACUGAGGAGUAGACCGCAAAACAGUGUUCGAGUCAAAUGGGCAAUAUAGGUGGUGGCCAGUAUCAACACGUCGAGUUUGGACAACUUGGUG